UAUGACGUCGCCCUCCAACCUGGAGUAACCUUGAACUCCAAAUCUUCGCCGACGUUCACACAAUGCCGCCUCACGUCCCACGCAAGAGACUGCGUGAAGACUCGCCCCAGAAGAAGGAGCGAAAAGGGAAAGGUGGAGCCGCAGCCAAGGCCAUCGCACCCCCGAGGAAGCCGACCCUGUUCGACGACCUCGACUCGACCAUUUCCCCCAAGUCCGAGGGCAAGAUGCGCAAACAGGUCAUCGAACUUAGCGACGACGAUGACAGCAGCUCCUUGUCAUCGCUCUCGGACGCCGACUUUGAGGACGUCCCAGGAGUGAAGCGCCAGAAGAUUGAAGCGAACCAUGUGAAGGAUGACGAAGACGAUGAUGAGGACAUUGAAUUCGAAGAUGUCUCCUAUAACCACCCGACUUUGGCGCCUCAGGCCGACGACCCCAACGAGGGCGCUCUGGAACUAACUCUGUCUCACGUUCCGACUGCAUCCUAUGCCGAUUUCGGUGGCAAGAAAGGCCCCUCGAAGAAGGAGCGCCAGGCCCGUAUUGCGACACAUUGUAUGCAUGUUCAAUUUCUGAUGUGGCACAACGCAAUCCGAAAUGCUUGGCUUUGCGAUCCCGUAACCCAGGGCAUUGUGCUGUCGCACCUACCGUUAGGAAUGUGGGACGAGAUUGAGCGCUUCAGACGCGCCUGCGGACUGGGUUCGUACGAGGAGACACCCAAAAAGGCCGCAACCAAAGCUUCCAAGGGUAAAACCAGCGGCAAGAGCAGCAGUAAAGUCGGCAAGGGUGGCAAGGCCAGUGAGAAAGCAGCAAGGGACUGGGGCGGCGCUGCUCAGAGACUUGAGAAGGGUGCAGUCGACCUGAGCCACGGUGAUCCAUUAUUUCGACUGAUUAGAUCUCUUUCGGCCUGGUGGAGAAAGCGGUUCCGAAUUACUGCUCCUGGGGUCCGCAAGCUGGGCUAUAUGCAGACUCGCCGCUGUGCGAACCUGAUCAAGGGCUUCAAUGAAGGUGGCAUCAAUCCGAAUCGAUACGGCGAGCGUAUCUCGAGCUUGCAGUGGUUUCGGCUCCAUGCACAGGAGUGUACCGGCAGUCGGGAUGUUGGCGCGCAGCUCUUCACCUGUCUUCUGAGAGCACUUGGCUUGGAAGCCCGGAUGGUCGCCAACCUGCAAGCGGUUGGUUUUGGAUUCAACAAGUCUGAAGAGGCCGAGCCCGACAAAGUUGGUGAUGUUUCUACAGCGCUGGACCAAGACAUACGGCCCGAAGAAGCUAGCAAAGGCAAGGAGCAGCCAACAAAAAAAGCUCCAAACCAACAAGUCAAGAAGCCGCCACAGUCAAGUCGAUCAUUGCGGAAGCAAGGUCGAAGAAGUCUCAAGGAGGACUCGGACGGGUCAGACGACGACCUUCAGUUGACCGAGGAGGACAGUGACGACAUUGCUGCUAUUGAGGUUCCCCCGCUGGCACUCGCCAAGGACAGCAACAAUGCCAAAUUCGACAAGGACCUGGAAUUUCCACAUUACUGGACAGAGGUCUUAUCGCUUGCUACACAGAAGUACGUUCCUGUGGAUGUGAUCGUCAAAAAUAUUGUUGGCACAAACCGGGAUCUCGUUGAGUCUUUCAGUCCCCGAGGAGCUAAAGCAGAUAAAGCCAAGCAAGUCAUGGCCUACGUUGUGGGCUUCAGUCAGGACGGUACGGCCAAGGACGUCACCAUCAGGUACCUAAAGGGCCAAAUUUUCCCCGGCAGGACAAAGGGCACAAGGAUGCCUCUGGAGAAGAUUCCAGUCUACAACAAGCAUGGGAAGGUUAAGCGCUACGACCAUUUUGACUGGUUCAAGUCCGUCUUGCGUGCUUAUGCGCGCGGGGGUGAGAAAUACCCUCUGACAGAAGUCGACUACGACGAAGACGCCACUGACUUGAAGCCGGCUCAACCUGUGAAGAAAGAAGUCAAGGAAGGCGAGGAAACGCUACAAUACUUCAAAUCUUCAAAGGAAUUUGUCUUGGAGCGUCACCUGAAACGCGAGGAAGCAUUGUUGCCAACAGCUGAGCCCGUAAGGUACUUCAAGAACAAGGGCAAGAAGGGAGACGGCGAAGAAGUGCCCGUGUACCUCAGGAAGGACGUUGUGGCUGUGAAGAGCGAGGAGACGUGGCACAAGCAAGGCCGGGCGCCUAAGCCUGGGUCUAAGCCGCUGAAACUCGCACCAUUCAGAGCCGCGACGACGAACAGGAGACGUGAGCUUGCUGAGGCGGAGGCAGCAGCAGGCCACAAGGUCCUCCAAGGGCUUUACAGUCAUGACCAGACGGACUGGAUUAUCCCUCCUCCGAUACAGAAUGGCAUCAUCCCAAAGAACCAAUAUGGAAAUAUCGACUUGUUUGUCGAGCACAUGCUCCCGGAAGGUGCCUCACAUGUGCCCUAUCGGUCGGCGAUACGGGUCUGCAGGCGGCUGGAGAUCGAUUUUGCCGAGGCAGUGGUGGACUUCGAAUUUGGACACCGGAUGGCUGUGCCCGUGAUCCAGGGCGUUGUCAUACCCGAGGAGCAUUACGACCGCGUCAUGGAGGAGGUUGUGAAGGAGGAGGCCGAGAAAGCAAGGAAGGAAGACGAAAAGCGCCGCAAAGUUGUCCUCGGGGCAUGGCGCAAACUGCUCAUGGGGAUGCGGAUUGCCGAGAGGGUACGCCGUGAGUACGGGCAUUUGACGGAUUCAUUCCAUGCUUUUGGCCACAGCCGGGACAACAAGCAGGACACGCCAGCCGGUCAAGUCGAGGCGAUCGACGACGAGGACAUGGCGGGCGGGUUCUUACCUGGCGGCUUCGAACCUGAGGAGGAGAAAGAAGACCGCGGUGGUUUCCACAAGUCCAGCUUCUUCCCCGCCAUUGAGGAUGACGAAGAUGGCGGAGAUGAAGGAGACGCGAGGCUGGUGAUCGAAGAUGGUGAUGCUGUGGGAGACCGAGGGGCGUCGCCGCCGCCGCCGCCGCCUCAGCCACAGCCGGGUAAAUCCUUAGGCCAGAGACGGGCUCCCCAGCGUAGAACAAGGCAGACGAAGCGAGUGUCUUCUCCUGAAGAAGAGGAAGACGAUGAUGAGGACACAGACCCUGACGGCGACUAUGAGGAAUAA